AAUAAGUUGUUCAGUGCACCAGAGCAGAAGCUUGACCUUACGCCUUCAAUCUUGGAUGAUUCUGAGAAAAUUACAAGCAUCAGUAGUAGUCUGGAAACAAUAAAAGUCACAGAAUCUCUCCCAAUCACUCUGAGUGCAAUGAGUUUAACAAAAACUGAACUUCCCAGCUCAAUAUCCAAAUCAGAAGACUCCAACAAUUCAGGUUUUAGUUUACCACCAUGGGCAGCCCCACCUGGUCAGGUCAGUAAGCCUAGAGACUUCUGGUUAUCUGACUGGUCCAAUGAAUCAUCCUUCAGAUUUGGAAUGGCUGCUGAUAGCACUUCAGCCAACAAAGUAGCAAAUCAACAAACAUUACCAGCAGUGGCAGGUUUCUCCUUUGGCAAAUGUGAAAAGAAAGAAUCGGCUACAAGUAACGCAACUGGUAUUUUGACGUCUGAAACCCACAGUCAAACUGCCUGUGAUGCAUCCAUCAAAUCUACAAAGGUGCAAAUCGAUGAAGAAAGUGGCAAAAAGUCUAGCAUUGCUACCAGCGCACAACCUGCGGACUCGCUCAUUACAGCGCCAAUCUUUUAUUUUGGAAGUGAAAUAAACAAAAGUUCGCUGAAAACAGGGCCUUGUAAGUUUGGUCCCCCUGUUUCCACAUUUUAUAAAUGCAAACAAGCACCGGUAUUUUCCGUUGCAACACCCUGUAAUUCUGAGUCCAUGAUGGAUCCUAAUCCCUUUUCGAUGCUGGCCCUAAAACUAGCAGCCACAGGAAGUACAGAUGCAACUAACAGGGAAAGUUCAGCUCCUGUUUCUGAGUCAGAUGCAGCAAAGGAAGAGUCCAAGGACUUUAAGCUGACUCAGAAAUUUGAAAGUGGUACUUUCAACCUGAAAGAGAACAAGUCUGUUUCAUCUAUCUCUGUGUCAUCCCCUCCUUCCAAACUGGAAGAAGGCGCAGGUGAUGUCACAACCACUGUUUCUUCAAUUGCUUCAGCUUCCACGAUAGCUUUCUCACCACCCUCAUCCUCUCUCCUCUCAACGUUACCAGGCUUUUCGAGCUAUUUUCUCCCAACUCCUAGUAGUUUAAUACCAUUGCCUCUCUUCACCUCUUUUGCUGUAUCUCCCUUCGUCUUCUCCACAACCAAUUCAACUGGAUCCAGUCAGGUGGAUUCCUGUGAGGGCCACUCACUGACCAAGCAGCACUCCAGCAGCAUUGCAACAGCAGGUAAUGUUGUCAAACCAAAGAUAGCCUCAAUAUCAGAAGUGCCAUUAAUUCCUCAAACAUCCACUGUUAGCAGAGCAGAUUCAGCUAGAUCUAACCAUGUGGUAAUUACAGCAAAUUUCAGUAACUCCUCAGUUGCCUCUCCUCAAUUUGCCACUUCUGCCAAAAAUCCUCUUGUUUUGCCUGCUGCGAGUUCAACCAUAUCCAAUCACAUGGCAUUUACUUCUGUGAAUCCCAGCAAGGAUCUUUCAUCAGCCUGCCAGCAACCAAACUCUGUCGCACCAAAUCCUGAUGCUAAACCAAAGGAAGCUUCAACAUUUGAAGUGCCCUUAACUGGUCAGUCACUGGUAUCGGAGAUCAAAUCCUUUUCAUCAUUGCAGCCUUGUAGCACAGCAUCUUUAUUUCUCGGAAACCCCUUUGAGGGUUCUGCUAAUGGUUCAGAUAAAGAGGGUACUGCUUUUGGCGAUCAAAUAUGCGGUAUGAAAGCUCCGCGUUCAUCUGAAGAUGAAAAAGAUCCUGCAUGUUACCUCAGUAAUGUAAACACCAGUAGCAAUGUUUCUUGUCUGGAAGCUGCUGCUAAGAGCUUCGUCAAAGAAAAUGCUUUUAUUAAUCCAAAAGCAUUCACUUCUGCACAGGAUUCCUUGUCCCACGCAGGGCAAUCUCCAUUAGUCCUGCCAAGUGCUGCAUCCGUGUCAUCUGACAGCAGUAGUUUGGUGGAAGUUCAGAAUGAUGGCCCAAAAGAUGAAGCUGCUCAGAAAACAAUUACAGCUGGCUCCCCUUUGGCUUCUCCUGUUGUUCAUCGUCCACUUUUUAACUUUGGGACAGAAGGUGUUUUCCAGUUCAAGCUGGAUUUAAAUAAACCAGUUAAUGUGUCAGAGAGCAAUGCAAGCGACACAGGGAACUGCAAACGUGAGUCCCAGGAAAUGCUGCCAUCCUGCCCGCCAGUUAAUCACUCUUCAGAGAUGGAAGAUCAAGAUGUUCUCUUCUCUAACAGGGCAAAGCUGUAUCAGUUUGACAGGCCCACCUCACAGUGGAAGGAGCGAGCAGUCGGCGAAAUGAAAGUUUUCCAACAUAAAAGAAAAAAAAUAUCUCGAGUGGUGAUGUGGAGCUCAGUCAAUAAAUGCUGUGCCAACCACUGGAUCACAAGAAAUCUGCAGCUGCGGCAAAUAAAAAACAGGUUUGACAGCUGGGCCUGGCGUACACUGGAUUUUUCUGAGGAGAAGUCCAUGGUUCUAGAUCUAGCUGUGCGGUUCCAACUAAAGGAGACAGCUCUGGCUUUCAAGAACGUUUUCGAGAACGUGCAGAGCACAGUUGAGGUUUGUCAUUUGCCAGAAGCGAGACUAAACUGUUCAGGAGUAAAUGGAAAGUCCGACCCAAACGUGAACAAUCUCGGCGACCUGUCUGAAAUUGACCAAGUAGCAAUACAAGAAGAUGAGGAAGAAGCAGUAGGUGAUGCAGUGAUAGUGAAGGAAAUUGAACCGAUUCCAGAGCAGACGCCUCUGGCCACAGAGUUGCACUUUCCAGCAGCCUUCUGCAGUGACAGUAAACCCGCCCACCACAGCAGUGAAGAAGAAGAACAAGAUCUAAGCCUGAAGGAAGAUUCAAGAUGAAUCCUUUAUUUGCGGUAAUUUCAAGUGAAAACUGAAACCAACAUGUACUACUAUAAGGAGCAAUCUGGUACUAUGAAGUGGUGAUAGAUAAGAAUUCACACUUAAUGUCUGCUAAUUACUUUAGGAAGUUUCAAUUUGAUGUACUCUGAAUCUAGUUAUUAUUUCUUUAAAGUAACUUUACCAAACACCAUUUCCUAGUUAUAAACUUGAUUCAUGAGAAAUAAAGGAUGAGGUGGUAGUGUGUUAAGACUGGCUUUUUAAUAAUUUUAUUUAGUUUGGGGGUGGUUGAAGGUCAAUCUCUCAUAACUGCCUGUAUUCAUUGGCAAGAAUGUCCACUUUUACAUGUUUCCUGAAGGACCUUUGACAUGUUUUUUUCAGUUUACACAACUACAAUGCCUUAUUUUUUGUUCAAUAAAAUGUUUAUACUUUC